AUGGGUGAGAAUGGAAAUGCCAGUGUCUUCAACUUUUCCUACACCAGCUUCCUCCUAGUGGGUUUCCCUGGGUUGCGGGAAUGGCGGCCCCUUCUGGUCCUGCCUCUUGCCUUCCUCUAUGUGUCCAUUCUUUCCGCCAAUGCCUUAGUCAUCCAUACAGUGGUGGCCCAGAGGAGCCUGCACCAGCCCAUGUAUGUGCUCAUCGCUCUACUCCUGGCUGUCAAUAUCUGCGCUUCCACGGCUGUGAUGCCUAAAAUGCUAGAAGGCUUCGUGCACUAUGCUAACCCCAUCUCUCUACACGGCUGCCUGGCACAAAUGUUCUUUAUUUAUUUUACUCUCCUUCUGGACUACAAUCUCCUGCUGGCCAUGGCUGUUGACCGCUAUGUAGCCAUUUGCCAUCCACUCCGCUAUACUGACCUGAUGACCUCACACUUACUGGGCCUGAUGGCCACUUUUGCCCUGACACGGAGCCUAGGGGUGGCAGUGCCCCUAGUGGUACUGACUGCAAAAGCUCGAUUUUGCAGGACAUCCGUGAUAAGACACUUCACCUGUGAGUACAUCGCACUGCUGAGCAUAGCCUGUGGUGACCUGACCGUCAACAACCGGGUGGGACUGGCUAUGAGGCUGGUCACCGUGACCUUUGACCUGGCCUUACUGGGAACCUCCUACACUCGUAUCAUCUACGCUGCCUUCCGGAUCUCUUCUGGAGGAGCCCGAGCCAAGGCCUUGCACACUUGUGGCUCCCACUUGCUGGUCAUCCUCACCAUCUACCUUUCCGGUCUUUCCACUUCCAUUGUCUUUCGAGUGGCCAAAACCGUGUCUCAGGAUGUCCAGAACCUACUCAGUGCCAUAUACCUGCUGCUCCCGGGAGCCUUGAAUCCUCUCAUUUACGGGGUGAGAACUAAGGAGAUUCGGCAGCACAUAGAAAAAAUGCUCUGUGGACUGCAGUCACCCUCAGACAUCAGGGAGAAGUCACAGACUGUGAGAGGGGACAGGGAGUUACCAGGAUAA